AGCUGAGGGAGUAUUUAGCAUUUAGUAGAGUACCGUCCAUCAUCGCCCAUAUCCCCUGCACACACAAUGGCCGCUCUCUCCCAAUUCAUCUCUCACCUCUAUACCAUGGCCGUAAUUUUCUUCACUCUCCUCCUCAUCGAAGUUGUAAUUCUAGUCCGGGCCGUUACCGGAGCCGUCUACAGCUCCGACGACGGCCCCAUCACCACGACUCGGUAUCUCGAGCUCUUAGAGGAAAAAAUACCGACGAUUCGCUACCGGAGCGGAUUGAGGCCGGAGCCAGCGGAAUGCACCGUCUGCCUCUCAUCAGUCGAGGAAGGAGAAGAGAUCAGGAAAUUGCAGUGCAAGCACACAUUCCACAAGGUUUGCCUCGACCGGUGGCUGCAGCAGGAUUACGCCACUUGCCCGCUCUGCCGGAGAACGGUGUUGCCGGAGGAGAUCGUGACCAAAUACUGGCGCCCGCAAAACCAGGUAGACUAUUGGGGGAGUGAUGAGGAACUAGUAUUCUUGUUGUCUGCCGUUCAAGGUAACAGUUUACAUAGUAGUUUCUUGUAAAAUUUCUAUUAGGUUAGAUAUGCCCUAAUUUUGUAUAAACGCAUUGGGUAUAUAUUGUUCCUGCCUAAUAUCGCUGUGUUUCUCUUGAAUCUUAAUGAAAUGAAUAUAUAUGUAUGUAUACUUGCAUA